GAGGAAUGCUCGUGUCCUUCGCAACAUCCUUCCUUCGUCUGUACUACGAGAAGACGCGUCAAUUACUCGUCAAUAAACAUAAUGAUUAAGGCUAAACGAAUGUCCAAGCUCAUAGAGCAAAUAACUGAGCCUACACUGCCAACCGCCAUGCUGUUUACCACUUCUGGAGCUUUAGUGUCUUACGCUACUUAUAAUUGUCAAAACGAACCUAGAAAGCGUCUCGAAGAUGCUAAAAGAGCACGUUCUAUUGCUGCAUUGGCCGGCAACAUUUAUUCCCUUUAUUCUGGCGUGAAUCCUAGUCCUCUGGUGGCAGAGUCGACGGACGAUGUAAUUGCUCAUCAGCAAGAUAUCCUCUUCGAAACGAUUAUGGAAUUUGAGAACGGUAAACUGCUCAUUUCUGAGAUUGCAGAGACAAAUGUUGGUAGUCUGACUUCUUCCAACUCUUCCUUGUUACUCGGAAUUGUGGGUACGAAAGAAGCCAUGGAGGGAAUGAUGCAGCUUAAGUCAGAACGUCUGAAGGAGUUCUUGUCGGCGGAAUUGUCGGACAUAGAACAUAACACGACUGAAAGUGAUGCCUCUGUUCGAGAAUAAAUCCAAUUUUUAAGGCGCACAAGAAACUAAAGUACACAAAAUUCAUAUUUAAAACCCUCAACCAGGCUCUAUGUAUGCUAUCGGUAAUAAUGUUAUCCAAGAGGGUAUGCAGUAUUCAUGUUUAACAAGGAGAGCUUCAUUUUCAUGCAGCGGCGAUUUUCUUUGGUCGUUGAAGCUUGACAAGAAGCUCAUCGACAUUUUUAAAGUUGCUGUUCGUCUCAGCAAAAAGUUUAUGCCGGCGACCCAUUGAAUGCUGUUAUUGUUAGCUUCCGACCGUUUGAGUGUACUGCUGACCGAGGACGGUCCUUCUUACCAUUUCAAAGUCUUUAAAACGCUCACAACAGUUCUCGCAGUAACCAGACUUGUUCUCAAUUUUGACCUUUUUGUUGGCAAGCGGAUCUGCUGAAUAGGUUGGUGCAGGCUUACGCUGAUUGUUGCGUGCAAACAUGGCCUGUUCGAGACGGAAUUCUUUGUCCAAAGGUGACACGCUGCUUGAUGGGCCAGAGGUACCGCUUGGAACUGCCAGACUGGCUUGGUUUGGGCUCACAGGCGAUAUGAUGCAGUCGCCCAUAAUGCUGUUUACUACUUCCUGGCAAGCAGCACGAUUGGCUAUAAGCCUGUUGAACUCGUUAUUCUUACGCAGGAAUAUGCGUUGACGAAUGUCACGAGCUCGAUGGAAGCAAGUACCAACAUGCAACUCCUUUUUCCGUCCGGACAUGAAUGGACAGCGGCCUUGGCUGCUUGCAUUAAGUGUAGGCCAACUUGGGCCCGUCAUGGGACUGCCCUUCGGCCAUUCUCUGAGUGCCACUGGCUUGUAAUGCUGAACAAGAUCCCGAAUGCACAAGAAGUAAUCCUCAAAAUACGAAAUGUUUCGAGAGGGAAUGUACAACUCGUCUUCCGGCAUCAAAUACACUUUUUCGCCAUCAAGCAGUGCCUGCAAUGCGACGGCUGGUGUUUGUGUCAGUUUGUUUGGGUUCAGACGUGUAAAAAUGAGCCGGUUCAACAAUUCUGUACGAUUCGUUAGUGCAAUUCUUUCGUUGCAUACUGAGUGACUUACUGUCGAGUGACCAAAUCUUCGUUCCCAUUGCACGAGCCUUGGCAAGGAUAUCGUUUUUCGAGCAUUUUAACGAGUUGGUCCUGCGUGCCGUAAUGAAGUGAGAUAUGUUGGAACCAAACUUCGUUUCGACGGUCUACAUCAAAACGAAUUAGUAUGUGAUAUGUAAGAAUGAAGAGCUUGCAUGAAUACUACUUACCGCCCCCAUUUCCUGAAUCUUGGCACUCAGCUUCAUUUUAAUUUCUUCUUCGAUGUUGUCGAAGAAGAACACGAAGGAGGGAAAAGCCAUCCAGUAAUCUUGUUGCCAAAGAUGAAGCUUGGAGAUCUUGAUACUGGCUCUUGUUUCGGGCUCCCUUUUUUUUGAGAAGUCUUCGGCGGUAUCUUGGUUUUUAUAUGUUGCAGCGGCAGCGGCGGCAGCUGCUGCUGCCGCUGCUGCAUAUGUUUCUUUCUCCUGUUUGAUCUCCUUUUCGCUGCUUUUGGAGCUUACUGACUCGACUUGGUUUUGUUCGACAAUCCGUUCGAAAUUGGUAACAGAAGUUUUUCGCUGACCGACUAUUCCUGCAUCUCCAGCAAUGCUGUUGGAGUUUGUUUGCACACGAAGAGGCAGACGAUUGGGUUCCAUGAUGUUUUAACUCUAAAGAUGUUUUUAAAAGCCUCUUGUUCUUCGAUGAUUACGACUGUAAAAUCAAUUAGUGAAAUAACGUGAGACUGAUGGAAUUCGUGAGGAACGAAUGCAAAUCGGAUUCCUGGCUACUGCGCGAUUACUCACAAUUGAUUUUAUGUUACCAAUGGCAGGAAUGGCUUACCCUUUUAUACCCAGACCAUGUCCCAAUGUAAACAAAACGAAGUAUAAACGAAACUACGCGUGAGGUCAUAAAUGUGCGUCACGCGUGUUAGCGCGGUCGCGUCGCAACCCCGCACGAAAUUCCCCACACGCGAUAAAAGCUU